CAUAAAAUGUCAAAAUAAUUCUCUAAAAAAAACUACAUAAAAGUGUCGUGUUGUGCUUGAUCGAAAAAGAAAUUCUUCUCUUAUUUAUUUAGGUUUUAAAAACGAAACACAUUCGCUAUGGUUUUAGCGGAUUUGGGACGUAAGAUUACGUCCGCUUUGCAGAGCUUAAGCAAAGCAACUGUAAUCAAUGAAGAGGUUUUAAAUUCCAUGUUAAAAGAAAUCUGUGCAGCAUUACUCGAAGCUGAUGUGAAUAUUCGUUUAGUGAAGAAAUUGCGAGAAAAUGUACGAGCAGUCAUUGAUUUUGAAGAAAUGGCUGGUGGCCUGAACAAACGUCGCAUGAUCCAAUCAGCUGUGUUCAAAGAAUUGGUGAAACUAGUCGAUCCAGGCGUGAAGCCAUAUCAGCCGGUCAAAGGCCGACCGAAUAUCAUUAUGUUUGUCGGUCUACAAGGAUCGGGUAAAACGACAACCUGCACGAAAUUGGCCUAUCACUACCAGAAAAAGAAUUGGAAAUCGUGUCUGGUGUGCGCUGAUACGUUCCGUGCUGGUGCCUACGACCAGAUCAAACAAAAUGCAACUAAAGCCCGAAUUCCAUUUUACGGCAGUUACACGGAAGUCGAUCCGGUUAUAAUAGCGCAGGAUGGUGUCGAUAUGUUCAAAAAGGAAGGUUUCGAAAUGAUCAUCGUGGAUACGAGCGGUCGACACAAACAGGAGGAAUCGUUGUUCGAAGAGAUGUUGGCUGUAGCUACGGCAGUGCAACCGGACAACAUCAUAUUCGUCAUGGACGCAACCAUCGGUCAAGCUUGCGAAGCGCAAGCCAAAGCUUUCAAAGAAAAGGUCGACAUUGGUUCGGUUAUUAUAACGAAAUUGGAUGGACACGCCAAGGGUGGUGGUGCUUUGUCAGCUGUUGCAGCAACACAAAGUCCAAUCAUUUUCAUUGGAACUGGUGAACACAUUGACGAUCUGGAACCGUUCAAAACAAAGCCGUUCGUUAGCAAAUUACUUGGUAUGGGUGACAUCGAAGGGCUCAUCGACAAAGUGAACGAGUUGAAAUUGGAUGACAACGAAUUGCUGCUAGAGAAAAUCAAACACGGCCAAUUUACGAUACGCGACAUGUACGAACAGUUCCAGAACAUAAUGAAAAUGGGACCAUUUUCACAGAUCAUGGGCAUGAUACCGGGCUUCUCGCAGGACUUUAUGACCAAAGGCGGCGAACAGGAAUCAAUGGCACGAAUUAAACGACUUAUGACCAUGAUGGACAGUAUGUCGGACAAUGAAUUGGAUAACAGGGACGGAGCCAAAUUGUUCAGCAAACAGCCGACGCGAGCCACUCGUGUAGCCCAAGGGUCUGGUGUUACUGAGCGCGAAGUGAAGGACUUAAUUUCACAGUACACCAAAUUUGCGGCUGUUGUGAAGAAAAUGGGCGGCAUCAAAGGUUUGUUUAAAGGCGGUGAUAUGGCAAAGAAUGUGAAUCCGAAUCAAAUGGCAAAAUUGAAUCAACAAAUGGCUAAAAUGAUCGAUCCGAGAAUGUUGCAACAAAUGGGCGGUAUGAACGGACUACAGAGUAUGAUGCGACAAUUGCAGCAAGGCGCUGCGAGUGGGCUAGGUAAUUUAAUGGGUGGUUUCGGUGGUAAAUCUUGAUUUGUUCCAGAAUUGAAUCGAAUAAAUUUUUGAUUUUGCAGACUUGUUUGUGUGCAAAAUUU